AUGGCUUCACUUACUGAAUCUGCCGAUUCUGAGGAAGAUCAGCUAAGGAUCCUCAUAGCUGGCGGGACAUUCCUACUCAUGCCCUCGCCCGCCACGACUUCGCCCACCAUAACUUCGCCCACUAUCCAAAUAACUUCUCCUACCGCAACAUCUUCGUCUGGUGACUUAGGUUCACCCAUUCGAUCUGAAUCACCUGACGCAGAUCAGUUCAAAGUACUCAUAGCUGGCGGGAGUCUAGUAGGCCUCGCCCUAGCUCUAGCUCUUGAGCGUGCUGGAAUCGACUACGAGCUUUUUGAGAAGGGAGAUUUUGCACCACAGCUGGGUGCCUCCAUCGGAUUCCAUCCACAUACCAUAAAGAUUCUAGAGCAAUUGGGAGUAUGGGAAGACAUUGAGAAACAAGUUGUACCGCUGCGAAACCGAAAUCACUAUGACGGAAAUGGUCACUGCUUCGAAGAGUCGCAUGUGUUGGCUGAUAUUGGUGAAAUUCUCCACCGUCCCAUCAUCUUCAUGGAGAGAUGCAAGGCUUUAGCAGUCCUCCAUAGCCAUGUGAUAGACAAAUCCAAGCUGCAUUCUCGAAACGCUGUCGUGGGAUAUGAGGAAUAUCCUCAGGGUGUCAUCGUUACUACAGAAGAUGGCGAGGAACACUAUGGCCAAAUACUUAUUGGCGCAGACGGAACCAACAGUAAAGUGAGAGAGCUUAUGGCUGAGAAAAUCAGUAUCAUGAACCAGUCCCUCUCCAAACAAAUCAACGAGGCUUUCACAAGCGAGUACAAUUGUAUCUUUGCCAUUUCUUGGAAUGGACCUGAAAAGACAUUCUUGUCUGAUGGCAUGGUUCACAGCGUGUACUAUAAUAACUAUUCUGUAACUGCAGCUGCUGGUGUGCAUGGACUUGUGUUCUGGUUUCUUUUUAUCAAGUCCAACAUCACCAGAUACCCAGAUUUUCCACGGCUCACGGACGAAGAUGCAGAGACGUUUAUUCAGAAGUACGGAAGCUCUUUGGUAGGUCCUGGGUACACCGUGCAAGAUCUCUGGGAUGCUCGAGUCAAAGCGACAGUGGCACCCCUGGAAGAAGGCAUCAUUGGACAGUGGAGUCAUAACCGGGUAGUAAUGAUAGGUGACUCAGUCCACAAGGCGACAAUUAACCCUGGAUUGGGAGGCAAUUUAGCCUACGAAGGUGUCGCUCGUUUCAUGAAUGGCCUCGUACCUUUACUCAAAGAAAAUCCCGCACCGUCUCUUGAACAGUUGGCCGAAGUUUUCAAUCGAUAUAUGGUCGAUCAAAAGUCUCGAGCGAAAACAGUGGUUGGGAUUUCUGGCCAGAUUACGCGAUAUGAAGCCCAAGAUGCUUGGUUUCUCAAAUUUGCAUCCCGUCAUAUUGUUCCCUGGGUUAGCGACAGACUCAAAGCUUCACUGUAUGUAGGGUUUUCAAGAGGUGGUCCUUGGUUGGAGUAUCUUCCAUUACCUGCCACGGCAGUAGAUCUGACAGCACCUCCUCCUAAGGGGCCAGUUCAAGCUCGGAACAUUUCCCCAAAGCUCGUUGCAGGCACAAUUCUUAGCGGUGCCGUUGCUCUCUUCUGGUUGAAAUAUUAUCGAAACCGCCACUAG